UCAAAAGUAGCCUUAUUAUUUUGGGUUCGUAUCCAACUCGAAGAUUACAUUGCUGCGAGUAUUAUACCAUCUGUUCAGGACUUUUCAAGGUCCUGGAGAACGGGUCUAGCAUUUUGCUUGCUCAUCCAUCGCCACAAUCCACUAUUGAUACCCGAUAUCCUUUCCCGUACAGAUAGCCAAGAUAAGGCUGUCUGGCUAGAACUACUAACCCUUGCCUUUGAUCUUGCCUCUUCUCACAUGGGAAUUUCGAAUUAUCUGGAACCAGCUGAUUUGAUUGAUGUCGACCACCCACACGAACCAAGCGUUAUGAUGUACGUGAGCGAGUACUAUAAAGUCAUGUCUAGUGCACAAAAGAACGAAUCUCCUACAGCACGCCAAGAAAAA